UAUCGGGUGACAUAGACCUGCGUGACCACCACGACCUCCACAUGAUCGCCCUCAGGCCUGGGCUCUGUGACCAUCAUGGGCUACUUCCUCCGCCUGCUGCAGCUGCUCUCCACCUGCGUGGCCUUCUCCCUGGUGGCCAGCGUGGGCACCUGGAGGGGGCCCAUGGGUAACUGGUCCAUGUUUGUCUGGUGCUUCUGCUUCAUCGUGACCCUCCUCAUCCUCGUAGUUGAGUUGUGUGGGCUCCAGUCCCACCUCCACCUCUCCUGGGACAGCUUUCUCAUCACCUGUGCCUGCUAUGCCACCCUCUUCUGCCUCUCGGCCUCCAUUGUCUUUGGCACCACCUACAUCCAGUUCUUGCCUCAGAGCCCAUUUUGGGACCGCGUCAUCACUGCCACUGCCUUCUCCUGCAUCGCUUCUGUGGCUUAUGCCACUGAAGUGGCCUGGACCUGUGCCCUGACUGGUGAGUUUUCCUGCUAUAUGUUCACCUUACCAGGUCCGCUCAAGAGGCUGGAGAUCUUCGUGGCCUGUGUCAUCUUUGCCUUCAUCAGCAGCCCCUAUCUGUACCUGCACCAGCCGGCCCUACUGUGGUGCGUGGCCGUGUACUCCAUCUGCUUCCUCCUGGCAGCCGUGGCCAUCGUGCUGAACUGGUGCAACUGGGACAACAGGCUGCCCAUCCCCUUCCCCAUUUUCCAUUUGGGGCUGAGUCUGCUCUCUGUCCUCCUCUACGCCUCUGCUGUGGUCCUCUGGCCACUCUACCAGUUCGUCGAGAAGUUCGUUGUGCAGCCCCAGCGAUCCAGCGAUGUGAGUUGCCGUGAUAAACUCACCUCCUAUGUGUGUGUCUGGGACCAACGACUGGCUGUGGCCAUCUUGACAGCCAUCAACCUGCUGAUUUAUGUGGUUGACCUAGUGGACGUGGUCCACCAGUUUUUUUUAUCAGAUUCUGAGGCUCUGCACAGGGUCUCCCCAUUCCCUCUGUCGCCAGAGGAUUCUGUGCUGAUUUCUGAUGCCCUCUGA